UUGCAACAGCGGUUGGAAGCGCGCGCCCGUCAGUGGGGGAAGACGAGAGGACAGAAGGCGGCAGAAAGACAAAUAAAGCGCAAUUAACUGCUUCAUCUGAAAACCGUAACACGAAAUCCAGCCGAGAUGUCAGAGGAAAAGCCAAAGGAGGGAGUAAAGACUGAGAAUGAUCACAUCAACCUCAAGGUUGCAGGGCAGGAUGGGUCAGUGGUCCAGUUCAAAAUCAAAAGACACACACCGCUCAGCAAACUAAUGAAGGCGUACUGCGAACGACAGGGUCUCUCAAUAAGGCAGAUCAGGUUCAGGUUUGAUGGCCAGCCUAUCAAUGAGACGGAUACACCUGCACAGCUGGAGAUGGAAGAUGAAGACACCAUAGAUGUUUUCCAGCAGCAGACAGGCGGGCACUGCUAAGCCCUACCCACCUCAUUGACAGCCACCCUCAGACCACGCCCUCAACCACCAUCACUGUCCCUCCUUUCCCCAUCUCUCCUCUCAGCCUAUUAUUAUUAUAAUUAUUAUUAUUAUUUCUUCAGUUUAAGUAUGUCUGUCAUGGUUUUUUGCCAGGGGUGGGGGGGCUCCUCAGCUGUUUAUGUACCGUCUCAGUCUGGACUGAACUUCGUGUGUGUCAACAGUCUCUCUGCUGGCCAAUCAGGACAACGUUUUCUUUCUGGCACCGCAGGCUGUGAUUGGACCAACAGCUCGUCACGGCUGUUCCUGGUUUGUCACUGCUUCUCGUUCACUGUCCAGUGAAAGCUUAGUAUCCGGUAGUUUGUCACGGUUUUCAUUCAUCGGGGUUGAAUGCGAGACUUUUGUCCAGGGGUCACAGUCAGUGGGCAUGAAAAUGUUUUGAAGUGGAAGUGCUAUUCAAACUUAAUGACACACCUGCUUUCCAUUUUACUUCACUUUCUUGUUUGUUUUUUGUCUGCUUUUCUGUCAAAAAUGUAUUUUAAUUCUCUUUGCAUUUUAGGUCCUUUUGCUGUUUUUGUAUUUUUUGUCUUUUAUUUCAAGAAUUAACACCCAUUGGGCUUGUUGAUUUCUUUAGUUUUUUUCCCUUCUGUACAGAAGUAUCAGAAUGGGUGUUAGAUAAACGUUGUGGGGCUUGGACCAAUCCUCCAAAGACCGAACAUCAGCUUCAUAUUUGAUGUACUUCUCUUUAAACGCAAACUGUAAGGUCAAAAAUGUAAAAUUUAAAGGCAUUUGUAUUGCAUCAAUGUUAUUUGCUUCCUCUUCGACUGCUAGUAAUCGAGAACGAAGGUUUGUGGGUGUCUGCAGUACAGACAACUAUUUGCUCAUGGAGAAAAAUGCUUGUCUAGGGGAGAUGAUUAAUUUAUACCAUUAAGGUGCAUCCUUAGUACAAUUGGUUGGGGUUUGGCUGUGUAAGGAUAGUCUCUUGACAUGGAAUACAUAACUCUUCAUUUCUCUCUUUCUCUUCCAAUGAAGUGGGCCAGUGACCAGUCCCAAUGGUGUCCCUACAAGCAGUUCUGCUUGUUAUGAGGGUGGGCUGUGGGUGGGAAUAAUUGAAAGGUUGUUCCUUUGCGCUGUUUUGGGGUCAGCUGUCUCAUCUCUGUAUUGUCCUUGCGCAUGUAGGCUGAGGGGGCAACUGAUGCUAAAUGUGCUUUGAAGAGGAACACCUUCCAGUUGGAGCAAGGAUAUCCAACAAAAGUCAGUAUGUUUUUUCAUUACCACACACUGAAGACACUUUUCCCUGCCACGUCAACUCCUGAGGUAUCGUUUGCUGGUGUGUGUGUUUAAGAAAAAAAAACAUGUUGAGAACAUGUUUUUGCUUCAGUGUUACGGUGGAGAUAUCUCUGGUGGCGAAGAGUGUCUUCACUAUUUUCCACUUCGGAGAGCGACGCAUGCAGUUUGUUGCAUAUCAGGAGGGCAGGGAGGUCAGCCAAUGGAGUUUGGGAGAUAGGUGUUCUGUACCCACAGGGCCCCGUUCUUUGUACGUGGGUAACCAAGUUGGCUUUGAUUGUUUAUGGUCUGGCAUGAACGUGGGUUUUAAUUUUUUUUUCCAAUUCAGUGAAUACUAAAAUGUGUUGUCAAAACUAUUCACCUGCAGAACUGCAAGUUUCCUUAGAGAUGGAUGAAUGAGGACCAUUUUAAGUUUGUUGAAAUGGCUGUCAGAAAAGGCUGCACCUUUCUAUACAGGCACCAGGGGAUCAGUAUUAUUGCAACUGAACAGGCUUAAACUUCAGUCACACAUACUUAAAAUUGCAAAUAAAUAAAAUUAAGUUCUUGAACGUAUGUUCCCUUCAACUUCUAGUGUCCUCAGCCACAUUAGAAAGAUGCAGAUCUUUUUUUUUAAAAGUAACUGAACUGUAGUCUACAUGUGUUUCAUCUGUAUUUUUGUAUGCGUUUCUGUAUAGUAGUCAGGAGUCAAUGCCAGUACCCACACAUUUUUGAAUGAGCAUACAUGCAUAAAAUGCCAUCAGUUAUUUAAAGUAUUCAUCCUGCUGUUGACCAAUUAAACAAAAUUUCAUCUGACUUCCUUGCAGCUCAUCCUGCAGCCAUUAACAAGCAUUUGUCAAACUUGUGUGGUACAGAGACAUGUUAAAUCUGUGUGCGACAUGCCUCUGCACAGGCCAAAUCGCAAGCAACAGUUGUGAUUGCAGCUUCCUUUCACACAAAAUAAGAGCACAGUUAUCAACAAAUCGACCUUCCACUCGCAUUUUAAGAACCGAGUUAGCUGGACAAAGAUCUUUUUGGCUGUCAGCUGAACUAAACUGUAAUGUAUGAAGAACGGGGCCCAGGUCUUGUCAUGUUGUUUGUUUCUCUACUGAUUUGUACAUUAUUUGUGGUCUUUUACUACUGUAUACAAUAAAUAUAGUUUGGUACUCAGA